AUGCAGAAUAAGAAGAUGAACGUCGAAUUGCGCACAGAGCGUAUCCACAAGACAAUAUCGAUGAUAGAGGAGCGUUACCGCAACUCAGACAAGGAACCCGUACACUUCCAAAUCCUCAAAGUACAAAGGUAUCUAGCACUUAAGUACUCUGGACUACAAUCAGUAGUGGAUCUCCUAACCAAAGGAGACAAGCAACCUGAUGGAAGUGAAGGACACCUGUCUGACAUAGAACAUACCAAGUUUCAAACUAUGACUGAGACACACAUAAAAACGGCGUCUGUGACACAAGGAGAUCGUAUGUUGAGAGACCAGGAGCGAGCUGCAAAUAGGCGCAACAACGCACAGACGAACACGCAAGUGGAGGAUAGCUCCACGAACGCCAACAAACGUCUCAAGACAGACAAUG